UAAAAAAUCUACGUAUGAAAGUUGUUUGGACCCUUUCAUUUAUUUCAUUAUUUUUGGGUCUUACCUUAAAUUUAGACUAAUAAUAUAUUACCAUAUAUUUCUCUAACAAUAAUUUAUUCAAUUCUUUUAUUUAUUCAAAUCUCACUUAUAUCCUAAUCACUACUAUUCCUAUAUUUACCAUUUUGAUUUUUAAUCGUAAAAGCAUUGAAACUAAUGUUUUAUAUUAUCACUUUUAUCAUAUAAUAUAUGAUUUAAAGCAAGAGAAGUUACAUAUACAUUCGAACUUCCUCUUUCUUUUAUAAUAAAGUAAUCAUAUCAUAUAUAAAUUUUCCCACUAAAAUCACAUAUCAUAUACUAAACUUUCAACCGUCUAUAGUUUGAUAGAUAUUUUCAUAUUUAAAAAUGAGUCUUCUGAAUAUUCAUGUUACCUUCACAAAAAUGUAGAAAUUCAUUGGUUCUGUUAAAGUUAACCCGACUUCACAAUAUCAGUAUUGAUUAUUUACGAUUUUGAAUUUUUUUUGUUUAGAUAUUAUACUUUUAUAUACUUUUCACCUAAAACCAAUUAAUACUAUUAAAAGAAAAAUAGUCUUAAAAAAUCUAAUAUAAAAAAAUUGUUGGAGUCAUGUAUAACUAUUUUUUUUGGUAAUACCAUGAAUCAUUCUAACCAUACAAUAUUUUUAUUAUUUUUAAUACAUCGUAAUAUUAUUUAUUAUGAUAACUUUACUCAGAAAAACAUUUCAUCAACCAUGUUUUUGUACAAUAACGUUAAAAAUCUAUAUCAAAAGGUUGUUGGACCUGAUAUAGACGUAAUGGGUCCACAUAUGUUCGAGUAUUUAGAAUCCUAAAAAAAAACAAAAUAUCUAAAAAAGCUGAAAAAUAUUUGAAACUCCAAAAAAAAAUACCCAAAAAAUUCAAAUACCUAAAAAUUUAAAAUCUGACACGAUGAACUGAAAAAUACCAAUUUUUUUUUUUUAAUAUGAAAAUUUACCUGAAAUCAAAAACUAUAAUCGUAAACCAAAAACUUAAAAACGUGUGUGCAUGUAGAGCUAGUCAUUUAAGAGAUAUUAAUCAUAUUUCACAUACAUUCAGAUAUAUAUCAAACAUGUUCUGAAAAAUGUAUACUUUUAUACAAUGUUGUAAUUUUAUGUGCCAAUGUGUUAUCUAUGUUUAGAAAAUAUGUGAGUAAGAUAAUAAUUUAUUUUGAUAUGUUGAUAAUCAUUACGGUUUUAUGUCGAAAGCUUGGAAUGUAAAAUUAACUAAACCGUGCAAAGCACGGGAGGUAACUAGUUUAUAAAUAAAACCGGAUCAAGAAUUAUUAAUUUGUUUGUGAUCACAGUUUGACCGGAAAUUACGCUAUCGUUUGAGUUUGCGACACACGACAAAGCAAACAUUAUAGUCUCUCUCUCUCUCUCUCUGCCUUACUUGGUCGUCGUCGCUAUUACUAUCAGCGCCUGUGUUUCGCCUCUUCUAACAAAUCUGUAUUCGAUAAUCUCACUCACACAGUCACACCGCUUCCUUUGUGUUUUCAUCUCCGUCCUCCUUCCCCCAUAUAAGCUGGUUCGGUAGCUCUAGGGCAUGGCUAUGGCUCUUCCGCUCGGGAAACUAACCGUCCUCAUCGGUGCAGGGCUUGUUGGGUCUGUGCUUGCUAAAGACGGGAGCUUACCACUUGUCUCGAGCCUUGUCUCUGGUGCUUUUAAGAUUGUAUUUAAGCAGCUGAAACAAGAGGAACCUAGCAAGUCUCGGAAUGAUACGGCACUUGUAGCUCAGGUUAACAGUCUUCGGCAUGAACUGCAGUUGCUUGCUUCAAACAGACCUAUCACUAUUGUUACGACAGAAGGAUCAGGUAGAAAGUAUGGUGUCAUCAUUAUUAUUGGGGUGAUAGGCUACGGAUAUGUGUGGUGGAAGGGAUGGAAGCUUCCAGAUUUUAUGUUUGCGACAAGGCGCAGCUUAUCAGAUGCUUGUGAUAAUGUUGGCAACCAGAUCGAUGGUUUUUACUCAUCCCUUUCGGAUACAAAACGGGAGUUAGGUUCAGAAGUUGAUCGGAUGGAUUCUACUUUGGAUGCAAGUUCAGUAAUUAUUAAAGAAACAGGAAGACAAGUGACUGAGUUACGGGAUGGUACAGCAAAUAUGAAGGAUGAAGUUAGAUCUGUUUUCGAGGCCGUUGAAACUCUGGCCAGCAAAGUCUGUCGCAUUGAGGGAAAUCAGGAUCUCACGCUUAAAGGAGUUGGAGCUCUGCAUGCUCAGUGUCUCGAGCACAAAAUAAUUCAGGAGUCCAAUCAGCCUUUGAUAUCAACUUCAUCAUUGCCAGCUAUUGAGGCAGCUCCUCUCACACAUUCCUCCAGUACUCUAUUAUUGCCUCCUCCUGCUUCACCUUGUGAAUCCCAAUCACCUUCAACCCCUAAUGGAGCUCAACAGUCACAUGGUCCGCUUCAGCGCACACAAUCUAUUUCUGGUUUGAAGGACAUAACUGAAAGCUCUAGCACAGGAAAUGGUAUAUCGGGCUUGAGUUCGGGGCAACUUGGUAGGUUCUCAGUGCCUAGAAUAGUGAGGACUAUUAGUGCAGUCAACACAGUGCCUACUAACUGAAGCGAAGAGUUCAUUCCAAUACUAGGCUUAACAGAGAAGUUGACAAGUGUAUUUAGUAGAUGAUUUUAAUAGAUUUUUGCUGUGUUUGCAAGUGCAUCGAGACAAUGCUAUAGAUGGUGCAUAACUUUUGUAGGGAUAGAGCUUAUUUUUCAAAUUGCUUUAUAUGUUACAGUUAUGGGUUCGUUGCUUUCUUUUUGUUCCUUGUAAUUAAUUUAUCCUAGAUAAAUUACAAAUUUUUGUGAUUCAAUCUAAUCAUAUAAUCAUCGUGUUCUAAUCUUGGUGAUUUUAGGACACUUGAUAGUCUCAACUAUUUUUAAACCUCUGGUAAAAAAAAUGUAUUUGACAAAUGGACCAACCUAACCGUAGUC